CAGCUGUCACUGUCACCGAAUCAAAACAAACCAGCCAGCAUUUUGUUAUUUAAAAACACUAACUUUUAUUUAAUAAAAAGGGUUUAUACUAACUGAAAGAGCAAAAAAUGGAUCAGCCACAUGAAACUGACACAGCUGCAGAAAUUAAUAAAGUUAUAGCGAAUAUGUUGAAGAAGUGCAAACUAGAGGCCUAUAAUAAAGAAGUAGAAAUACCACUUGAAGAUUUUGAAGAACGGGUCUUUAUGUACUCUGGGAUAGAUAAAUCUAAGCUCAAUAAAAUAAUUGAAAGAGAAAAACUCUCUGAUAAAUAUCCUAAACCACAUUCUAUUGAUUUUAAUGCUCAUAAAGCAAUUUUAAAAUGUCUUGUAAAAUUUUACGAGCUAGGAAAGUUGCCAGACAUGAGAAGUUUAUUUAAGUGUGUGAAUGAAUUGGUACAGAUUAAGCAGAAUGUUGAGCAAUUCAAACUGGAUUUGGCUAAGCUCGGCUUAGAUUAUCACCCCGUCUUCAAUGACAGAAGACUUUUAAUGGAGGAUCCAAAAAUAACUUUUGAAAGGUAUACAUAUCUCAAGAAAAUAAGAGAGAUACGGAAACGAAUACCACGUGUCAUGAUAUAUUAUGUAGGCGAGAGGAUAAUAGAUAGAAAGAAUUUGUUAAAUAAUCCUUGGAAACAAAAUAUACACAGAUCUGAUAUAACUAGUGGUGAAUUCAUUUUUUUUCAUGCUAUAUCUAGAAAAGGGUUUGAGAAUGGACUGUUUUGCUAUUCUGCUACUGAAGAUGAUUUUUACAAGUGGGUUGUUGAUAUACUUCUUGGAUCAUUAGCACCAUCAAGUGUUGUCAUAUUAGAUAAUAGUCCUUUACAUGGUGCAUGUAAAUCAGAAACAAUAUCCAUGUUUAGCACAAAGCAUGAAAUGCAAAUGUGGCUGCGGAAGCGUGAUAUACCAUACAGUGCCAAUAUGCAUAGAUCACAGUUAUACCAAUUAAUUAAAACUCACAUGGAUUUAGACCCACUGUCACGUGUUGAUCGUGUUAUUAAAGCGUGUGGACAUGAAGUGUUACGACUCCCUACUCAUUUUGAAGAUUUAUCACCAAUAGAACUGGUUUGGGAACUAGUAAGAAACACCAUAGUUAUGCAAAGUGAUCUGCAUGACGAAAUAUUAUCAUUGUUCAAAAAUAUGCCAAGAAAAUCUUAUGAUUUAUAUGAAAAAGCGAUUGAAAAGAGAGAAAAUGAUUUAUUUGGAUUAGAUGUAGAAAUGGAUGAAAUUUUGGAAUCAUUUUUGACAGCUUUAAAAGCACAGGAUUAGUAGAGCUACAGAAAAUAUCAACUUGUUGAUUUAAUCUAAAACAAAAUAAUAUGCGCAAUAAUAA